CACUGCUGUGUGAACCACUACCCAUCACCGCUACCCAUCACGCAUCUCCAUGGCGCAGCGCGGGACACUAAUGGGUCCGUAUGGGGUAGAUCGUGCCGUUCAUGAAAUAGAAUUUACCGACUGUGAGAAUGGACUGGGGAUCAAAGUGAUUGGAGGAAUGAAGGAGUUAACGGGAGAGGAGUUUGGAGUCUACGUCAAAAGGAUUUUACCUGGUGGCCUUGCUUCAAGUGAUGGACACCUCCAGGCGGGAGACCAGAUCUUGGAGGUGAAUGGGGAGAGUUUACUAGGGGUCACCAGUGAAAGAGCAGUAGACGUUCUGAGAUCAGCGUCCUCGAGCAACCAAAUGCGCCUUCUGAUCGCCAGAGAUGAGGAAGCCAGGAGAGAGUUUUCAGAGCUUUUGGAGAAGUAUGGAUCCAGCAGUAGUACUGGGUCGACACGCAACUCUCCCAUCCAGCAUGCAGGCAGAUAUCUGGACAGCACAUCGUCCGGGUCCUCGUCACGCUCCCAGAGUCCUUUGCUCUUGAGUCCUGCUGGCUCUCAGAGCACCUACAACAACCCUCUACUGCGCUCCCUCAGUCACCCAGGAGAGGGUGUGAUCCAGCUGAUCUCUGUAGCCCGCUCCUCUAGUCUGGGCAUCACCAUCGGCGGAGGCUCCAAUAGACCGGACGGCCCUGCGGUCUUCAUCCAGGAGGUUCUGUCUGGGGGAGACUGCCACAGGGAUGGGCGCCUGAGGCCAGGGGAUCAGCUCAUUGCCAUCAACAAGGAGUCCUUGAUAGGUGUGACCCACGAGGAGGCUAAGAGCAUGGUCACCAAGGUCAAAUUCAGGUGA